GAUGAUACGUGUAUUUAUUUUUGGGGCUUGAAUAUCUUAUAUAGCUUUUUCUGCUGCGUCUGGUGUUGAAAUGGGAUGAUUAUGCUGAGAAUACUUUCUGGGGCGGUCUCAUAUCAAUUUAUCUCAAGACCAUUAUUCAAAAGAGUAGAAAGAACUAUCCAAAAGAUACGAAAGGUGUGGAAUGAUGGAUGGAGAGAAGGGGUAUCAAUCGAGUCGGGAGUUGGAGAGAAGAAAUAAAGGCAGUGAGGAAGACAAAAGUAAGAAAAGACGAGAUGGACGUAGAGACGAAAAGAGAGAUAAAGAGGAGAGAGAAGCGAAAACACGAAGGGAAUUGGUUAGUCCGGAGCCACGGAAAGAAAUUAGACGAACAUCUCAAUCUGUUGAGACUGGACGUGAUAAACCACAUUCUGGCGUUGACAGCGGACUCAAGCGAGGUCAAGUCAAUAGUGGCAGCAGGUCGUCUGCCCCUGUUCCCAGCCAUGAAAGCAGAAAUUCAAUCAAAAGGGUUGAGAAGCCACCUACCACCACUGUCUGCAAUACAUCACUACCAAUUAAAAGAAGAGAUCACAGCAGCAACCGAGGCCCGAACGGAAGUGAUAGAGAUUCCAGUCAAAUACGCGGAAGAGGUGAUAUCUCCAAAGACAUACCAAAUCAGAGUAAGGACGAGAGAGUGACGGUGCCUCCUUCCAGUCGAAGAGAUCGAUCUCAAGAUCUAAAACCAGGCAGAAGAGAUCCUUCUAUCAAUCACGAAAUGGAAAAACUCAAGCUCAGUGAUUCGAAAACAUCAAAAGCUGCGGCUACAGAUAACCGCGAAAAGCGAAGCCGUGAUGAACCGGCUCCCAAGAUACCUACCAGUUCUCCGCAUAACAAGGUGAGAAUUGGUGUUCUUCCGAAAUGUUAUCAACCUUGCAAUGAUGGGAAAGCUCGGCGAUUAAUUGUUUUUGGGGAUGUACAUGGGAUGCCCGAUGCCAAGAACCGUCUGUUGGCUUGGAUUAAGUAUGAUCCAACGUUGGAUCAUCAGAUUUUUGGCGGUGAUAUGAUAACCAAAGGGAGAAAAAGUAACCCAAGUAAGAAUGCUACAACUAAAGAGUUGAUUACCAUCGAGGCUUCCAAAGAUGUCGUGCACCAGGCCAGAAGAGAUGGAGCUUCAGGAGUCCGCGGUAAUCAUGAAGACUGGGUGCUGAAUGUUAAACACGAGAGGAAUGGCUGGGAAGAACCUAUCGACCGCGAAAUGGAUAACCAGUUUAACAUCCAAGCAAGGAAAAAGUUGAGGACGCCAGAUCACAGGGAUGACAGCGAUUACGAUCUGUACGAUGCGCUUACGCCAGGGGAGAGACACUGGCUUGAAGACCUUCCUGACAUCCUAAUUCUGGGGAAAUGUGGUGGUCGUAAUAACAUGGCUGUCGUGCACGCUGGAUUGAAUCCAUUUCUUGACUUGAAGGAUCAACGAGUCAUAGAGACCAUGAACAUCAAAUCUAUAGAUCCAGCGAGAGGAUAUACUAGUUCGAUGCAUAAAGAUGAUAAAGAGAGGAAAGCCUUGGAUGAGAAAGACCAGAAACGUUUUAGCAAGAUGAUACCCUGGUUUGAGUGUUGGGAGAACAAGCAAAAGAGGUUGCCACCAAACGAACGGAUGACUGUAAUGUAUGGCCAUGAAUCUAAGAAGGGCUUGACCAUAAAAGAUUUCUCAAUUGGUCUCGAUACUGGUGCGCAACGUAUAGACAAACUCAACCCUGAUAAGUAUCGAACUUUAACUGCCCUUCUUAUUUACCACGAUAAAUGCACAAUAGUUCAGGUCAAGGAGAUCAAGAAAAAAACUGGAAAAUGGGAAUGGGAGCCAGUUGAGCUGACCCAGGAAGAAUCUAAUUUUUGAGAUGAGAGUAGAUUUUUCCUCAUUUGCAUAUCGUUUCCUCAUUCCUGUACUUACAAGAUUCCAAUUUCAACAUCAAAAAGCUUCUUACAAAAUUAAAACUACAGCUUUACUUGAAAUUUUAAGACAAUGUCAUACUUGGGGGCCAAAAUAUUAAUAAAUUGAUUUGCA